CGGGAAAUAAACUCUGCGGAAUCACAUGACCAGCGAUGACAUGACUGAGAUAAAGUUCCCUUGCGUCGCGCGUUCCGUCCGAAUAUGCUUGGGCAAUUCUCACUGAUCAGAACCCUCGCCAUUUGCACAGCAGCAUCGCUCGCAAACCCGGCUAUUCUCACGGGCCCGAAUCGACUACCGACACCUCUCUGUUCUCUCAACGCUCGCUCUAACUCACCCAUGUGCAAACACGUAUUGAACGCACAGGUCGCUGUCCGUGCGCCCUGCUGCAAGAAGUGGUUCGACUGUCCAGAAUGUCACGCUGAGGUUUCGGACCAUAAUUUGAGGAAAACGCUGGAAAUGUGCUUUGCGUGUAAGAAGUGCAAGAAGGUGUUUCGGAAAGACAUGUCCAACUACGAGGAGGAAGACGAGUUUUGCCCAAACUGCGACAACCACUAUGUCAUUGAGGCCAAGACGGCACAAAUGGGUAUCGGCAUCGAAGGAGAUGACCCACGACUCCAGAGGGAUUUCCGAGAAAAGCAAAAGCAAUUGCUCGAAGAAGAAUUCAUGAGCGAUCGACUGGGAUGAGGAAUUCAUGAAAUGUGGGGAAGUUGGGCGAACGGUUUCGGAGGGAGAGGGGGAUGAUCCUCCUCAAUGUCAUACUACGGUUGUUGUAUGUGACGUAUGGACGUUGAACUUUUUUUUGGCAGGGCUUUGGGGAUCGCACUUGGGGAAGCGGCUGAGGCAGCGACGUCGUUCCUGCGCGCCUGAGCGAUGGGGGCCGUGGCGUGUAUACAAAUCGAAUAUGGAUCGGAGCGGACGGUUGCUGGUUCCCAAGAGCAAUCAGUACCACCUACCGACGGCGGAUUGUGGAAGGAACGGCUUGCAGGUUGCAGUCUGGCCGAUGAUAUAUACCACAUGAAUAGUGAAUAUGAUUCUGGCAGUGUGAACGUGAACGGAAAGCAGGAUGUUCUUGUGCGAGCUGGAG